AUGGCCAUUGUUGGCGCUGCUGGCAUGCUUGGGACAGCAGGUAGCUUCCGCAACUAUAUGGUUUGCAAGUGCAUCAGUGCUACAGGAAUUGGACAACUCUUGUCUGCAAGUGUCACCUACGGUUCAGAAUGCAUUGCUGCUCAGAGACGUGGUUUUGGGCUUGGGAUCUACAACAUUGGUUUGGCACUGGGUAAUUUUGCUUCAUUUGCUGUGUGCAUUGGGUCUGCGAAGCUGGCGCCUGACAACAAUUGGCAGUGGAAAACGCCAAUAAUUUGUCAAAUUCCUUUGGGAAUCCUUCUCGGCGCCGGGAUCUUGAUGUUUCCCGAGUCGCCGCGUUGGCUCUUGAAUAAGAAUCGAGAAGAAGAAGCACGAAAGUCGUUUGGCAGAUUAUACCAAAGGGAUCCCUACUCGCCGGAGGUAACCGCACAAAUUAACGAUGUCAAAAGCCACAUUGAAUCCGAGCGUGGUCCUGGCACUGCCAUUGAGUCCUGGCUCGCAAUUUAUCGACCAAACUACAUUCGUCGGACAGGUGCUUCUGCGAUUAUUAUGAUUGGAUUAGGAAUUACGGGAAUUCAAUUUGUGCAACCCUAUGCAACGAUAUUCCUCCGCGGGGUGGGAAUAAGCAACCCAUAUCUGAUCAAUGUUAUUAUUGGGCUUUGCAUUUUGGGUGGAGCCUGUAUUGGACCUUUUGUUAUUGAAUAUGGUGGGAGAAGAUUUGCCCUUCUGUUCGGGUACACCGCCAUGGGAGUUUGCAUGCUAGUACUCUCGUCUGUCAGUACAGCCUUGGGGAUGGCUGAUAUGGUUUCUCGGAUGGUGGUAGUUGUCUUUCUCUGCCUGUGGGCAUUUAUCUUUGGCGGAACUGUGGCUCCCAGCGCCUCGCUCGCUGCUGUUGAAAUGCAUAGUGUUUCUCUGCGCACAUACGGGCAAGCAAACACGAUGAUGCUCUUCGGGAUAUUCUCCUUUGCAGCCACUUUCUGGACACCUUAUAUGCUUGAUCCAAAAUACGGCAACAUGGGCGCCAAUGUUGGCUAUUUCUAUGCUGGUGUGACUAUGGUCAUAGUGGUCUUGGUCUACCUGCUCGUUCCAGAGACAGCUCGUCUUACACUUGAACAGAUUGACGAUAGCUUCAAUUCCGGAAUUAAAGCAUGGAAAACUUCAACUGCUCAAAAUAAAACAUUCAGUCGCACUGGAGGAAAAGCCCGAAAGAGCAUGGCCAAAGAAGGAGCUGAGCAAAAGCCCGAGGGUGAGAAGGCUGCAGGUUUCAGCUGA